AUGUUUACAAGAAAUAGACUAAGUCAGGGCUAUCCCAACGCAAGAACACAAAAUCCUAAUAAUCAGGCUCCUUUCCAGAACCAAAAUUCUGUACUAGUAGCUAUACAACAAUACCGAGGAAGUGCGGUCGGCCAGGGGCUAGAUCGUCUGUUACCCACAUAGCAUAGCCUGCCAUAGGCCAUAGGCCGUUGUCUUAAUAACUUGUACUGAACUCAUGUCUAAGCAAAUUGAAUUGUUUUAACAUCAUUAAAUCAUCGAUAAUGAGUUAUGAUAUAUUUUAUAUAUUUUUUAUUUAAACAGUAAUCAUUAAACUCUUAAUGUAGAUUUUCUUCUUUUUGUAUUUUUUUUUGUAUCACAUAUCAUACAUAAAACAUAUUCUGAAGGAUAGUUAUAAUUUAUCACAUACAUUACUUACAAUUAUACAUUACUAUAUUUUUAAAAAUAUAACUUUUUAAAUUACUUUAUAAUAAUUAAUAUAUUUUAACUUAGCUGAGUCAUGAGUAAAGAAACAUUGGCUAUGGUCAAAGGUAACUUGGUAGGUAAGAGCUAUGGGGGUAGCAUUAGAUUGCUUUUAAGUACAUAUGCGAUGCUAGACCUUGGUGGGAUAGCACAACCGUAGAGGUUCCUUGUGUAGCGGCGACCCACCCUAUAUUUUACAGUUUAGUCAGCAAGGGAAUUAUCAGUUUCCACAACCAAUUGGAAAUCAACAAGAUAUUUACAAACAAGGAAAUAUGCAAACUUCACAACCGUUUAAAUCCCAGCAACAAGUACAGAUACAACAAACUAGUAUGACAAGACAACAAUUGAAAUCUCAAUUAAUGCAGCACCAACAGCAACAUAUCCAGCAACAGCAGCAGCAACACAUGCAACAGCAGCAGCAGCAACAGCAGCAGCAGCAGCAGCAGCAGCAGCAUGUACAGCAACAGCAGCAUAUGCAGCAGCAGCAGCAGCAACCACCUCCACAACUACCAUCAUCUAAUACCCAAACACCACAGCGCCUAAAACCGAUACUUAAACAGGGCUCGAGUACUAGUCUUAUUGUACACAACAUAUCUGGCACUUCUCAACAACCUGCUUCUACAUCUAAAAGUGUGUCAUCAUUGAUUAUCUCAGAUACAGUUGGCAAUAAUACCAUUGAUACAAAUGUUGACGUCAAAGCUGAAAAUGCGGAUUCUGAUCCAUUAGAACCAAGAUGGAGACGUAAAGUACCUGGAUUUAAGGUAAACAAAAAAUUGAAACGUCUUCGAUUAAAUCAACGUUUAAGGAAAACUCUUCAGCCAAAAAAUGCUAUUAUGGUUCUAAAUGAAAUGAAAGCUGGAGUGCAAUUUACAUUUCCUGAAACGCAAGGAACUUUGCCAAAUGCUCUUUAUCUUGUUCAUGCAGAGCUUGAUGGAAAAACAUAUGUUGGUCAAGGAUUAUCUAAACCACUUGCACGUCAAAAUGCUGCUGAAAAUGCUUUGAAAGCAUUGUUACUUGAAAAAAUGACAGCAGCUAGUAUGAAAGCACGUAUGGAUGCUGAAACAGAUGGACAAGCCAGUCAAUCUUUAGAACAUGCAUUGUCUACAAAAGAUGAGAAUACAGAAGAUGUACAAAUGGCAGUUGAUGCUAAUGUUGAUGAAAGCGAAGAAGUUCCAUGGAGUUCAUUAGCAAGUUUUGCACUUUAUAAACUUUUUUUGGAAUGGCACAACCAAGGAACAUCGGUACCAGUACCAAGACCAGGAUUGCCUUCUCCGCUAAAAGGAUCAAAGAAAACAGUUGCUAAUGCAAAUAAAGUUACUGUCCAAAAAGAACUUCCACCAAAUGCAGCCACUAUACACCCUGUUAUGUUAUUAAAUCAAAUGAAACCAGGAUUAACAUAUGUAGAAGUAAGCCGUCUUGGAAAUCCACCUACUAUAAUGUUUACAUUAGCUGUAGAAAUUGAUGGUAUCAGCUAUUCUGGUUCAGCAAGAAAUAAGAAGGAUGCUAAAAAAAUAGCAGCAAAAGCAGCAUUGUUAUCUUUAUAUGGAUUAAACUAUCCAGAAGAAAUUAAAGUUGAUCGUUCAGAUGAUGUUAAGAAUGCGUGAAGUAAUGUUUAGACAUUAAUUACAACACAUUUCUUCAAUAUAUGUAUC